AUGAACCUCAAUGACGACAAAUAUGGGAGCCAAGCCGGGAAGCAGCUACGCCAGCAUACAGACCAACAGGUCAACAUCCUGUCGGAUCAGAAAAAGUACAACAAGGCAUUCGCAUACUUCGCUAGUUCCCUGAUUCCGCCAAACACGAAGGAUACGAUGAUCAGGCGUGAACUGGAGAAAAUUCCGGAAGACCUAAACAAGCUUCUUCACUCGAUUUGGUCAAGGAUUCUCAACCCCAGUGACGUCAACACCGAUGAUGUGAAGGAGAUGCUCCGCGUUCUCGUGUUGAUUAAGGAGCCUGUCACUCUAGAAGAGUUGGCGAUUCUUACCGGGUUUGCCAUCGAUGACGUGAAGAACUUGCUCCAUAAGUGUAACCUCCUGCUCAAGGUCGAGGACGGAAAGGUUAUAUUUGUCCUUGAGAAUCAAGUGAAGGAGCACCUAAUGGAUAGGCGUAUGGCAUUGCUUCAAUUCGGGGAUCACGAGUUGAAGUGGCAACACGGCGUUUUGGCCUGGAGAUGUUAUGUCCAUCUCGUCGAAACUUUCAAAUCCCAGAAAGAAGAAACGGAUGCCCGUCAAGGGAGCACUCCGGAAAUAACCAUUGGAGAUUCAUCGUCGGGCAGGCAUGGACCAGUCGCUGCGCCCAUAGAGCACGAAGACACUCGUGAAGGUGACAUCUUGACACCGGAUCACAGCGAUAGCCACGAGAUUGAUGGCGGGAAUGGCAGCCAUAAUGGCCAAGAUGGCUUGUCCACUGAGGCACCACCCCCGAAGGAGACCAAUCCUUACAACCUCGACCUUGCAAAACUUCUCGAAUAUCCCGAUUAA